AUGGUUGGAUUGGCAGCAGCCGAAGCGGCCAAUCCUCGAAAGACCAUUCCUCGAGCAACAAAGCAAGUAUUUUGGAGGAUAACGCUUUUCUAUAUUGUAUCAUUGACACUUAUCGGUUGUUUGGUGCCUUAUACUUCUCCACGUCUUCUCAAUGGAUCAUCAAGCUAUGACGCAUCCGCGUCACCUUUCGUGAUUGCUAUUGAAGAUGCAGGCAUCAAAGUAUUACCUUCUAUAUUCAAUGCAGUCAUUCUUUGUGCUGUACUCUCAGUAGGCAAUUCAUCUGUCUAUGGAGCAUCUCGGACACUGUGUGCACUUGCUGAAUGUGGUCAAGCUCCGAAAAUAUUCGCUUAUGUCGAUCGUAAAGGUCGUCCGCUCUCCUCUGUCGCUCUCUCUAUGCUUUUAGGAUUGAUCGCUUAUAUCAAUUGUGCGAAAGUAGGUCCUGCGGUAUUUAAUUGGCUAGUCGCUCUCUCUGGUUUGUCUUCAUUUUUCACGUGGGGUUCCAUAUGUGCAUGCCACAUUAUGUUCCGAUGGGCGUGGAAGGCGCAAGGUCAUACUUUGGACGAGCUAGCCUUUUUAGCACCUCUUGGUAUCUGGGGAAGUCUUUUAGGUCUUCUUCUCAACAUCUUAUGCCCCAUCGCUCAAUUCUAUAUAGCUAUGUUUCCUCAAGGUGCUCAUCCAAGUGCCCAGGCAUUCUUUCAAGCUUACUUUGCUGUCCCUUUUGUUAUUAUCUUCUAUGUCGUAUGGAAAAUAUGGAAGAGACCACCAUUUAUGCGACCUAGUACUAUAGAUCUCGUCAGCGGAAGACGUUUACUUGACACACAAGAGGUUAUUGCCGAAGAAAGAGCUGAGCGAAUGACUUGGCCUGUAUGGAAAAGAGUGUAUUUUAUGUUCUGCUAG